AAAAAACUUUCCCGGAGCAUGAAACUGUAGUGGGCGAUAGGCUAGUAUUGACGUCAUGGAUACAUUUGUGACACGAAAUGUAAAGGUUGGCGAUUCAAUACCAGUGGCAAAAAAGACAGCUGAUCCAUCAAAAAUCUACCUAAAAGAAAAUUGAAGAUUUUCAAUAUUUUGACAAUUUUACAUUACAUUACAUUUGUUCACAUAAGAACCCAAAGCUCUCUUUAGGCCUGAGAUUUUCUCACCUUGUUAAUAUGUGUGACAUCACUUCCUGGCAGGUGAGUGAGAUGUAUGACCACGUCCACCAGUCCAUGAUCCAGACGCCAAUCAAAGACAACGUGCCAUUCUUCUGGUCCACGAUGGCGCAGGUGAAGAGCAGCCACUACCGCUCACUGGCCCACUACUUCACUGCUACCGCACUCAUGGACCAUGAGGUGAACCCUAGUGAUGAUGAGGACCAGCAAGAGAAGGCCUUCUCUCAGAUGUACGACGCUAUGCCUGACGCACACCCGCCUCUGGACAUCCUCAAGAACACCAAGGAGCGCCAGCGCAUCGGUAAAGCUCACCUGCGGCGGGCGAUCCUGGAGCACGAGGAGGCGUUGCGUAUCUACAGCUUGUGUCGGGAGCUGCGGAGGCUGGACAUCCUGGGCGACAUCCUGCAGGCCACGCUCAAGCGCUCGCUCGCCAAGUUCGCCCUGCACGAGGACGAGGACGAGUUCACAGACUACAUGGAAGCGCCUGACAUCAACUCCAAGACGGAGCAGAAGGCUGAGAUGGAGGUCCCGGGGUCCACUAAGGUGAAAGUCACAGACCUUUUCCAGCGACUGGGCCCACUCUCUGUCUUCUCAGCAAAGCAGCGCUGGACCGCUCCCCGUACGAUCAGACUCCGUCCAGAGGACCGUGACAUUGGCUUCACGCUGAAGGGCGACGGCCCGGUCCAGAUCCAGUCUCUGGACCCACUCUGCCCGGCUGCGGCGGACGGACUGCGCGAGGGCGACUACCUGGUGGGGGUGGGCGAGGUGGACUGCAAGUGGAGCAGCGUGACGGAGGUGACGCGGCUGCUGCGUGACGUGGACGAGAGCGGAGUGGACAUCCGAGUGGUCAGCAUGAUGGACACCAGCCAGCCUCUGCCUCCCAAGAGCGCCACCUACUGUGGGGGUCUGCCCAAGACCUACUCCAUGAUCUGCCUGGCCUUCAACGACGAGGACAAGAACCCCAAGUCCCGCAAGGUGACCAAGAAGAUGUCCUUCCUGAGCUGGGGCCUGAAGAACAAGAGCGCCAGCACCCUGAGCCUGCCCACGGCCGACCACAGCGCCAGCGGCCUGCCCUGGCAGAGGCCCUGCCCCGCCUUCCCCAGCUCCUACAACGACAGCGCUCUGUACUAGACACACACACACACAGCGCUCUAUACUAGACACACACACACACACACACACACACAGAAUCUGCCAAUGGCUGACCACAGCGCCAGCGGACACACACACAUACAAACAUGUGCACGCCUUCCCCAGGUCCUACAACCACAACACUCUAUACUAGAAACACACACACACACACACACACACACA